AGAUGGAUAUACAAGGUAGCCCACGAGGGCUUUUGGCAGCACAUCCCGUGGCGCCACUUGUCUCACUGCACCAUUUGGAUGUAUACUUGAUACAUCCUUUGAUUCCUUCAAUGAGCCAAUUUGAGUCAGUGAAGAAGGUAAUUGAGGCUUACAACAAGGAUCCAAGUCGGACGAUGCAACAAAGUUUGUGCUAUGACCUAAAGAGAAACUGGUCAUUGUCAGUGUCUUGGGGAUUCUCAAUUCAAUUAUAUCCAUGGCUAAUGAAUGCAAGAGAACUGGAGAUGCCAAUGCAAACGUUCAAGACAUGGAAAGGGUCUAAAGAACCAUUCACAUUCAGUACACAGCCAAGCAAUGUAGAAGCGUGCAAAAGGCCUAUAGAGUUCUACUUGGAUCAAGUUGUUGACCUCCGCAAUGGUGAAAUUUUGACCAGUUAUAGUACCAUAAUUGGUGAAACAAAUGAACAAUGCGAGAACCAACAUUAUAGACCAGCAUUAGCACUUCAUAUGGUUAAUGUCACAACUACUAUUCUACCUCCCCAAGUUUGGAGACAGGCACCACGACGACAAUGUUGCGAUGUAAUCAAUGAUGAAGAUGGUAUUAGAAGCAACUUACAUAUCAGAAUUAGGGGUUGCAAUAGGGGGGAAUCGGUAACACCGCCCUUCUAUGACAAAUAUGGAGAGUUUGCCUAUUUUCAGAGAUUUGUUCGAUGAAUGAAGGAGAAAAUUUUCAAUGGCCGUCAUCUGGGAGAGAAAAUUGAAAAUUUUCAGUGGUUAUUUUGAAUUUUGAUAUCUUCUCUAUCUUCAUUUGUUGAUGGAUAUGUAUGACACUUCUCCAUAAUAUCAUUCUAUGGUACCGAUGAAUCUAUGUAGAGGCGCAUGGAUAUUUAAGUGCACCAUGCUUCCUUUUCUAGACCGUGUAUAA